CAGGGGCAGACCAUCUUGCUCAGCAGUUGAGAAUUGCCGGCGACCGGGUAACCAGUGAAACCUUAAGGUUUCAACUGAAUUCAAUAAGGAUACCCGAUUAUUUCUGAUUUCAGACACCGCCAGUAGGAUAUAUCAAAAAUGGUGGUGGUAACAGCAGGGACUGGAGUGUCCCACAAAGUGCUCCUGAUCUCGGGAAAACAGACCGGCUCACAGGCAGGCUUCAACCGGCCCAUCUCUGUCGUUUUACCGUCAUCUCCUAGCCCGGCGUCUUCGGAUUCAGAGUCCAACUCCUCUGCGGGGCCGCCCAUACGAAAAAGACAGAGGCUCACACACUUGAGUCCGGAGGAGAAAGCACUUCGCAGGAAACUCAAGAACAGAGUCGCAGCUCAGACAGCCAGAGACAGAAAAAAGGCCAAAAUGGGGGAGUUGGAACAGCAAGUCCUAGAGAUGGAGCUGGAGAAUCAGAAACUUCACAUCGAGAACAGGCUACUUCGGGAAAAAUCGAACGGCCUGCUGACAGAAAAUGAGGAACUGAGACAGAGACUUGGGUUGGACACCCUCGACUCAAAAGAGAAGGUUCAGGUUUUGUUGUCCACCGGGAACGACGCAGGUUUGGGGAUCGGGUCUUCUGAGUCCGCAGCACUCAGGCUACGUGUGUCCGCAGCAGGUGCAGGCCCAGCAGUCCCUAAAUCUGAAGACUUCUCAAUGGAUACAGAUGGUUCUGACUCUUCAGACAAUGAGUCUGAUUUGCUCCUGGGCAUUCUGGACAUCCUUGACCCAGAGCUGUUCCUCAAAUCUUGUGAACAGGAGUGCCAGGAGCCGCAGGUGCUGCUGGUCGGAGGGGGGAACCCAGUACCUUCCGCCACACCUGCGACUCUGGGGGCCCCAUCAGUUAAGCUGGAGGCCCUUAAUGAACUGAUCCACUUUGACCACAUCUACACGAAGCCCGUGGAGGAGGUGAGUAGCGGGCAGUGCAACGACCCGGAGAGCGUCACAGAAGAGAAAAUCGACGAGGCGGCCUUCUCCGUUACCGACGUGGUAGUGGUCGAGGAGGAGAUAGUCUGCGUCAAAGACGAGCCGGAGGAAGUGGUCAUCCCCAGCUGUGACAGUCACAGUCAGGUGGAUGACUUUUUCUCUGAAACCACCUCACCUGCCCUCAGCGGCCUGGAUAAGGAAGCCUGCCUUGCGGAUACCUACAGCGACUCCGGAUACGAAGGGUCCCCUUCCCCUUUCAGCGACAUGUCCCCUUCCCUGUGCUCCGAGAGCACCUGGGACGACAUGUUCGCUAAUGAACUCUUCCCCCAGCUUAUCAGUGUCUGAAUCAACCAUCUAGCCCAAUAAGUUAUAUUAUAUAUAUAUAUACACACACACACACACACACACACACACACACACACACACACACACACACACACACACACACA